GAGCCCGAUGAGCUCAGGAAGCAGCGGUCCUUAUUUCAUGUUUUGUAGCGACUGAAAGGGGAGGACAGGUGUUAUUUUUGGGGGUCGUAGAGGCAGAAUAUUUUCCAGUUGUUUCAGAUUAGGCGGCUGUCAGCGACAGAAGAGCUUUGUUAUGAUUUCCAGCGUUGAUAUCGAUGAUGUUUACUGUUCAGCCACAUAGGUCUAUGUGACGGAUAGCAAAUAUUAACUGGUUCCUCCACCGUGAAACUGCCUUAAUAUUAGGCACAGACGGGAUUAUUUGACAUAUUUUCUCCAUUCAUAUUGCUGUUUGCUGGCGGCACGCCAAUAAUUGACUCUGGAGCAAGACACGGAGGAUAGCAUGGCCAUGACGGGGGGGACGGCAGCUGCCCUUCCCAUGAGCAACCACACCCGGGAGAGGGUGACCGUGGCCAAGCUGACUCUGGAAAACUUCUACAGCACGCUGCUGACGCAGCACGAGGAGCGGGAGAUGAGGCAGAAGAAGCUUGAAAAGGCCAUGGAAGAAGAGGGCCUGCCAGAUGAGGAGAAAGUGAUGCGGCGCUCGCAGCACGCCCGGAAGGAGACGGAGUUCCUGCGUCUGAAGAGGACGCGGCUCGGUUUGGACGACUUUGAGUCUCUGAAGGUUAUCGGAAGAGGAGCUUUUGGAGAGGUCCGCCUGGUGCAGAAAAAGGACACUGGACACAUUUACGCCAUGAAGAUCCUGAGAAAAGCAGACAUGCUGGAGAAAGAACAAGUGGCUCACAUCCGUGCAGAAAGGGACAUUCUGGUGGAGGCGGACAGCGCCUGGGUGGUCAAGAUGUUCUACAGCUUCCAGGACAAGAGGAACCUCUACCUCAUCAUGGAGUUCCUACCUGGAGGCGACAUGAUGACGCUGCUGAUGAAGAAGGACACGCUGUCCGAAGAGGCCACGCAGUUCUACAUCGCCGAGACGGUUCUGGCCAUCGACUCCAUCCACCAGCUGGGCUUCAUCCACAGAGACAUCAAACCAGACAACCUGCUGCUGGACUCCAGGGGACACGUGAAGCUGUCGGAUUUCGGCCUGUGCACCGGACUGAAGAAGGCCCAUCGCACCGAGUUCUACAGGAACUUGACGCACAACCCACCAAGUGAUUUCUCUUUCCAGAACAUGAACUCAAAGAGGAAAGCAGAAACCUGGAAGAAGAACAGGAGGCAGCUGGCUUAUUCCACAGUAGGAACGCCAGACUACAUCGCUCCUGAGGUGUUCAUGCAGACUGGGUACAACAAGCUUUGUGAUUGGUGGUCUCUGGGUGUCAUCAUGUACGAAAUGCUCAUCGGUUACCCACCCUUCUGUUCGGAGACGCCACAGGAGACGUACAGGAAGGUCAUGAACUGGAAGGAAACCCUUGUCUUCCCACCUGAAGUCCCCAUCUCAGAGAAGGCAAAGGAGCUGAUUCUAAGGUAUUGCACUGAUGCGGAGAACCGAAUAGGCGCCGUUAGCGUGGAGGAGAUCAAAACCCACCCGUUCUUUGAGUCGGUGGACUGGGAGCACAUCAGGGAGCGGCCAGCAGCCAUUUCUAUCGAAAUCAAAAGUAUUGAUGACACUUCAAACUUUGACGACUUCCCCGAAUCAGACAUCCUCCAGCCAGCCAAUGCAACAGAGCCUGACUUCAAAUCAAAGGACUGGGUAUUCUUGAACUACACGUACAAACGGUUCGAGGGCCUGACUCAACGAGGCACCAUCCCUACGUACAUGAAGGCAGGGAAGGCCUGACACGCUCAAAGAGCGCACCACAGAGACCUUUUACGGACACAGGGUCGGGCCGCAAAGCCCCCGCUGGUGCUGGAGGCCGCGCUGCCGGGCCUCUCGGCGUUAAAUAUAACCCUCAUCAAAACUUAUGUAGGUCCGCUCAGAAAAGACAGAGCGUCGCCGCAUUACCUCUGUAGUUUAUUUUUCAUUUGUGUCGUCUCUAGCCAUGGCUCUCGCCCAGCCCUCUAACUAGGACACUAAAUAAGCAUAUCUGCAUGUUCAGCUUAACGUUGACGGCAGGAUUCAGGCUUGAACACAAAUCCCUGGUUUUGCAUCCUUACUUUGAUAGUUUAUACACUGGCGGUUAUUUUAACACAGCUAAAAACUGGGUUCCUCUUAAAGCCUGGAAUCCAAAUCUGUUGCUAUAAUAGGAGGAUUUCAGCAUGAUUUCCUGUAAGUUUUACAGCUCUAACCGGAAUACAGAUUAAAAAAGAAAACAUUUAGUCGUAGAAGUUUAAUGAGACCAUAUUGCGAUUUUCUUUCAUUGCUAACAACAGUUAACAUAAUCCUGUAAAGCCAUGUGCUCCGACCUGCUGCUAGAACCCGUUAAACUCGGGUGAUAUUACAAAGUAAUCGCAGAGUUAGCUAUUCUAUUGCCUCUGUUUGAUUCAGUUUUGAUGUUUUAUGUCGGGUUUGUCGCCCUCUGCUGUUGCGGAGAAGGUAUUGCCGCAUUUUUAAACGGGAUCUUCAUUUUCCCAGGAAGCUCCUAAUUUUAAAUGACAUCUUUGGACAUGUAUCAAAAGAUUAAGAACAUCAAACAGACGUUCUAAGUUUUCCGAAAGUCACAAACACCAGGGAUCAUGCUGGAAUCCUCCUUCAUAUUGGUAUUUCAGUGACAUAAUAGAAGUUUAAUCUAGUAACUUCUGCAAAAAACAACAUGGUGGAGGGAGGUGCUGCCAAAUAAACUGCUGUGUCCUUCUUAAGUUGUAAGAUGAUGAACUAAAAAGCAUUGCAGGCCAAGCUACUUCCUUCUAAAGUCAUCAAAACAUGCAAAAGUGCCUUUUUAUGUAGCUAGAUGUAUCACUAUAGUUUAGAAAAUAUUAACUAGGAGGCAUCCAUUAGAAUAGCAUUAAGCUGACUGAUCUAAUAAAGAAGGUAAACGGCAUCUAGAAAUGAUAAAAAAGAGCAAAUAUAUAUGUUUGUAGAAACUAAAGCUUCUUAAAAUGAACUAAAUCUCAGUUUUGGUUAUUUAUGAAGCUUGUGGUAAAAACAAAAGCAGUUUUUUAUAGGUUAGAUUUAAAAAGAUGAGAAGAUGAGUUUGUCAAGUAACAUGGAACUAAAUUAGGUCAAAAUCACAAGAGUUUCCUCUCUGUGUUGUGAAAUUGUAAUUUUUUUUUUUUUAUCUUUUUGUUCAUCCUCUUUUAACAUUUUUUCCCCUCUCACAUAGAUGCAAACAAACAUUUCCUGUAGGGUUGGUCUUUAACCAUCUUGUCUCAUGGUUGGAACUAAGGAGUUACCAAAGUAAUCUUGUGUCAAGGUCUGUUGUUCUGCACUAAACAGGAAUCUACCUUUAUUUAAAAAAAAAAAAAAAAAAGUCUAAACAUCUAAAACAGAAUGUGGGUGCUGAGGAAAAUGCUUCUAAGAUGUCUGCUAAUGUUUAUGUAGAAUCAGGAAGCAUACUGACAGAAAUCCCAGUGUCCGUCGUUGUUGUUUCUAAAGCCCUUAUGUAGAAACUUACCUCUUCAGCCUUCUCAUCAGUUCUGUUAUAUCCCCAUUUCUGUUCUCUUCUUGCAUUUGGUGUCAAUUCUACUUAAGGAUGAUACAAAAUGUUGGACGGAAGAUAGUUAUGAAGGCUUAUAUCUGUAUAUUUAUGUUAUUUAUGCUGCUAGUGUUUUUUUUAUGUAUAAAUUGGCUUUUUACUGAGAUUCACUGUAUUUACAUUGGCUGUGUUUCAUGUAAAGUCCCUGAUCUAAAGAGAAAACAAAAGAAAGUGAGGAUCUACCAAACAGACGUGCGUUGGUGUCCUUUAAAGCCUGGCUAGCCAUUUUCUUCCUUUAGCCAUGAGAAAAAAGAAGAAAAUUGAUAUGUGGACGAUGCGAUUGGCCAGGAGGUAACACGUCUUAGAGCAGACGCCAUGGGGAGUGACCGUUUUAUCGGGAGGUUGCUUGAGCGUCCAACCGUCAGAACAGUCGGGGGGGCCUUGUUGAGGUAUUUGACAGCAUUAUAAGAGCUGGGUGGCGUUUAAGAAGGUAGCAUUGUGGUUUUGCAUCAGACCAGGUAAUCGUACAGUCUAUCGUACAGGCUGAUUUAUGCUUAGAAACCAGGUCGUCUGCAUGUGUGUCGCAUUAAAUGCAAAUGUUCACCUGCCCCUUCCGCAGAUACUCUGCUGCACCUCUCCAAAAUUGUAGGUGACAGCAGACUGGAGGCCUCUGAUUGGUCAAAUCUACAUCCGCUCUAAUCAUGCGUAUUUCCUGUUUGGUAUCUUACCGUCUUGUUUUGUCUGUAUGACCGCCAUUGUGGAAAACGACUCGUGAAGAUGGAGCAGCUAGAAAAGCGAGGUCCCGAGAACGCUGGGACACUUUUUCCAGCUGGAUCCCCGCUCUUUUUCGCCCUCAUGUCCCUCCGUUGUCGCACAAACUUGCCCCCACUUCCUCACCGCCUCGGCCGUAUCCACACCCACAGCUAGUUCCUGAUUGUCCGUCUUGCGUUGUGGCGUGGAAAAACAUAGCGCAGACCAUGCUUCAAUAUUGGGCAUAAAUCAAAAAUAUCUGCGACAAGCUCACUGCGACACACUGCUGCAGGAGGAUAACCAGGCCUUUAGCCCCUCACUGGAAGACACAAAAGGAAUCCACACACUUGGUGAAAGUUCACAAUGUCCAAGCUGAUGACUGUUACAUCUGCUUCUACAAAGCACAGCUGUUGGACUUUAAAUGUCACUUAAACUAAACCUGGCAAUGGGGAGAUUACAGAUUAGCUGUCCCUUGUGAAUAAUCCAUUUUCUCAAUGGACCAUGCAAUCCCUCCUUGGCCCAUUGCCUCACCACUGAGGGAGUGGGCUGGGGAAAAAGUCACUAUCUGCACUGACAACCAUGUUGUUCUUAUAGGGCAGCUCUAGGGGAAAGGAUGAGUCUUACCAAGGCGUGACUUUGGUUCUCUGUAGGAAUGGUUCAAUGGAACCAGACAGUGACAUCAUUGGUCCGGUCUUACGCCAAGAUAACACCCAUUUACGUUAGAAGUUGCCUGCAUGGUGAGGAGGUGAUUCAGCCAUUGAAUCCAGUUGUGUCAGACUGGUUGAUCCUAAAAUGAAUUCUAUCAUCUUGGACGUCAACUUUAACCCAUUGCUUGACCUGGUAGAUCUAAGGGGUGAUGAGAAUGUUGACUUCACUGCUUGAGUUUAGAACCAAUGGUGUCAUGGAACCAGUACUGCUUACUCCUUAUCAUCUGAUAUCAUCAUCAUUGUCUGAGUUCUUGUUUUUACUGCGCUGUCUGGUUGUCCUGCCUAUCACUGUCUGUUUGCCUCAUGGUUAAAGGGGUAAUCAGGCCAUCCAACAUCUUACUGCUGCACAAAAACUAAGCAAACCAAUCGUCUCUACAUUUUUGGACUAAUUUGGCCCUAUAGAAUCACCCCAGAAAGGGGGCAUGGAAUCAUUUGUUGCCCAUGAUUGAAUAAGUCAUAGCGUCCAACACUCAUCUGUUAGUUCCUCCUGUCUCUCAAACUCAACAAUACCUGAAAGGAUUUCUAUCUAAAGCUCACUGAGAUCUCCGGUCCAUUGUAAAGGUUAUUUUUUAUCUGAAUCCAGAAUGUUAAUCCUCUAUAAUGGCUAAAGAAUUUAGUACCUGCCUUUGAUCGAUGAGUAAAGUUCCAAACAACCUUCUUGGUCAAUAUCUGGUCCCAAGUCCCCUGGCUGUGUCUAACUCAGAAACAAAGAUUAGAAAAAGAGAGACAAAAGUGGUCCUGAUUGCUGUAGCUGUCGAUUCUACCUUGUUUUUCUGGCAAAAUCGCAAUGCGACUAUGAAACUAACCCUUAAAAGGACAAUUGUUCUAGAGAUCUGCUUUGGUAUUUUUUGGUAGUAUGACUGAUAUAUUGUGUCAAACGUCCGGUUGUAGGAUAUUAACCCCAUUUAUGUGGUAUGAAGAAGGCAAAACAGAAGGUAGAUAUUUACAAUAUGUGCUAUAUAUUUUUUCUCUUUUUACACUUACAUUAAAUAUAUAAAUAUAUAUAAGGUUGACUUUAAAUCCAUGACUGUGUCACUUUAAUUACUGGGAUUUUCUAUGAAGUCGUAAAAAGGUUCAGGAAAAAACGUUUGUUUUCUUCUUUUCUAUCAAGCAAGACAAUUCAUUUGCCAUGGACCAAACCAGUUUACUGCCUAAAAACAAACCGUUUUAGGCUCAUUAUUAACAGGUAAUGCUGCAUGUUUCAUUUUGCCAAGAGACAAUGGUCACAACUAUAUCGUAAUGGUGGAAAUCAACAUACAUGUCGAAUUGGCGAUUGGUUUACCCCCCACCCCCCAGUCAGGACUAUAUGUUAAGCUAAUCUUGUGUAAUGACGUGUACACACUGCUGUAGUCAGAAGGCGAUUGUAUGUGGAGGAGAACCGUGCUCAUUAAUAUGUUCAUCAAUAUUGCUGAGUUUUUUUGUUGAUACACUGUUCAAGAAUAAUAAACCUAAACACUUGAA